AUGAUUAGAUUACGUAUAGUUUGUUUCCUUCCGACCAUUUCUUUCAUUAUCAAUCUAAAUACGGUCAGUUGUAAUUUACUUUCAUGCUUUGAUUUCAUGAUUGGGAAGAAACUUUCGACCACCCCCAUUAAAAUUCUAUCGGAUAUUGGCCUGGAAACCUGUUUGAAUCAGUGUGUAGAUCAUACUUAUUGUCUUUCUGUGAAUUAUAAUCGGCAUGAGUUUAUAUGUCAGCUAAUUAAUCGAAAAAAGAACAACAAUGAAACCCUCUUAGAUGACUGGGAUUAUAUUCAUAAGGAGUUGCCAGAUAUUGGCCAUCAAAGUGAAAAGAUGUGUGGUGCAAUUGCAUGCAACAACUAUUCAACGUGUUUACAUACCUCCACUGGAAGAUAUGUAUGCAUUGCAACCGUCAAUGGUGAAUGGGGUCCAUGGGAAAAUUGGUCCUCUUGCUCGAAGAGCUGUGCUGGUGGUCAAACAUCAAGAAAAAGAGAAUGUAACAGCCCUUACCCAAUGUAUGGAGGGGCGUUGUGCAUUGGAUCCGAAACUGAAACGGCUUCCUGUAAUACUAAUCCGUGUAGUGGCGGAGGAUUCUUUGGAUUUGGAAAGUAAUGCGAAACCUUCUGAAGGACUCUGUACCUGGUUACUACCCAUACGAUUACAUGUAGUACAUUGUACACAAUGCUAACUGUUGUGGAUUUUUUAAAGUCUUAUUUCAUAUUGUGUGUCAUUUGAAAUUUUAAUCUUGUAUAAUAUAUGAAUCGUCGAUCAGUAAUUACUGA